AUGGUCGUCGCUACCAUCAAAUGUGUCGUGGUGGGGGACGGUGCAGUGGGAAAGACCUGUCUGCUCAUCUCAUACACAACGAACAAGUUCCCUUCGGAAUAUGUUCCCACCGUCUUUGACAACUACGCCGUGACCGUGAUGAACACUUCUAACCGAUCGCUCUACGAAUUCAGGAUCGGCGAUGAGCCUUACACUCUUGGACUGUUCGAUACCGCCGGUCAAGAGGAUUAUGACCGCCUGCGCCCGCUCUCUUACCCGCAGACUGACGUGUUCUUGGUCUGCUUCUCCGUCACCUCACCUGCUUCAUUCGAGAACGUCCGCGAAAAGUGGUUCCCGGAAGUCCACCAUCACUGUCCGGGUGUUCCCUGCCUGAUUGUCGGCACCCAGACCGAUUUACGCGACGAUGCUGGAGUGCGGGACAAGCUUGCCCGCCAGAAGAUGUCGCCCAUCCGCAAGGAAGACGGUGACCGGAUGGCUAAGGAACUCGGCGCUGUUAAAUACGUCGAGUGUUCUGCCCUGACACAGUAUAAGCUGAAGGACGUCUUUGACGAGGCUAUUGUCGCGGCACUCGAGCCCGCGCCCAAGAAGAAGUCACGGGGUUGUCGCUUGCUGUGA